AUGACUAUAAUGUUUCACUUUAGGAUAUGCUGCGCCAUUGCCGCUGUAUUGGGCAAUAAAAAUGUCAAUUUGGAAAAUGGAAGUUAUGACAAUCAUGAAAAACACCCCAGAGUCAAUGAUUUUGCUCAAAAAAUUCAGAAAACAGGACCUAAAGUUCAGGAAAUUGGGGUUGUGAAUCAAGACUUGGAUCCUAAUCACUCCUAUAACGAUGAUAAUGACAAUGAACAGUUGAAUUUGAGUCCAAAAAGACAAGCACGAGUGGAGUUGGAAAACUUCAGUAAUACUGGAGUGAUUCAAGAGGAUGCGAAAAAAAAAAUUGAUACUUUCAAAAAUAAAAAUGAAAAAACGGAUCUCAAUAUUGAAGGAGUUCAAGUAAGUUCUGAAUAUCCAACAACAAUGAGGCCAAUUUUAACUACCGAACGUUCAUAUUCCCAGUCUUCGUAUGAUUUCGUUCCAGUUAACUUAAUUCCAAAAGAUUACAAAGAAUCGUGGUCUCCAUACUCAAAUCGUAACUUUGAUUAUCUCAGUGACGUUAGUUUGGUCCCAGCUGGUUCAAAUUCUCGAAUUCAGAUAAAGAAAGGUCCUAAUGGAAAGGAUUACGAAUAUGAAUACGUAUAUUAUUAUUAUGACGAAGAAGAUGAAUCAUCAAAAGGAAGCGCUUCUAAUAAUAAACAGGAAAGUAUUAGAACACCACCGCCAUCAAGACGUGGAAGUAGUAAUAAUAAUAGAAGCAAAUAUAGUUCAGUUGAACGAACGUCGACAGCAGAACCAGUUGGUAAUGAGAUCAUUCCUAAAAAUGGUAAUCGAGGAAGAAACCUCGCCGAGAAUGAAGAAAUCUCUGAAGAACGAUUACCCACAAAUACGCGAUUUCCCCCGAGGUCUAGAUCUAAUCACAAUACGGGAACAACAGAGACCACUCGCAGCCGCGGAAACCGUCCAAGACCAAACUUAGACCUUGUAGAUUCAAGCAGCUUCAGAACUCAUCAAGAAGGUCCAGAAUUCCCUCAAUCGUUACCAAAAGGACCUGUAAGGUUUUUGGGUGUUACUCCAAAUGAAAACAACGAAGCCAAAUAUGUUCCGACGCGGGAAAAUUUUCAAAAAGUAUAUGAACCAGCUCCCGUCGUUGAAUCCAUCAAUGACACGCCAUCUCACAGACGAAGGCCUGCCAGUGAACCAGCGCUUGAAGCAGUAUAUAACAGUGAAAAACUCUCUCGACCACUUUCAAAAAGUGUUGAAGAGAAAUCAGAAUCAUCAUCAUUGCCAGCUCCCAAAGAUGAGAGAUAUAGUUACAUUAACGGCCGAUACAACUCGGAGCCACCAUCAGAAACUACGACAACUGAUGCUACAACAACAAUGUAUCCAACUGCAAUGGACAAAGUGGCCCUCGAUCUGUAUGCGUUCCUUCAACAAGGUCAAAGCAACGCGAUCGAUGCUGCCACGGAAGACGCCAGCGAAAGCACUACCGUCAUUGAUGGAGAACUUACUACAGAUUCACCUACCACCACGGAAAAUUUUAAUCCACCCACAACAACUGAAGUAGUAACUUCUACAACUACUGAAGCUACAACUACAACAACAACAACAACUACAACAACGACUACCACAACACCUGUACCUACAACAGAAGCUACGACAACAACGACUCAAGCACCAGCCGGAAAAGGAAAAUUCAGAAGACCUGGCAUUCUCGGGAGCUCGGGAACUAGAAAUCGAAGCAAGAGCAAUGGAGUUAGUAGUACACCGGCAACUGAGCCUUCUCUUGCAGAAACAACCCAAAAAACUCGAGGCCGCUUUGGAUCCGCAAAUGGAGGAAGUAAAAGACCUAAGUCAGGUUCUAAGCAACAAGAAGAGAAAAUUCAAAAAGACAACAUCAAUGCUGUAAAUUCUGAAAAGGCACCACCUGGCCGUAACAGAUUCCGCAGCACCGUUUCCAAACCUACUGCCUCUACGACAUCCAGCCCCGUAACUACUUCGAGCUCGAGUGGUAUUCCAUCAGGUGUAUCGCGUCCUUCCUUUAAUAAAAUAAACCUAAAUCGUCGCCGUAGUAGACCAACCACUCCAACGUCUACGACAAACGAAGAAACUAAGAACAACUCUGAAUCUCCGGCACCUGAUGAUACUCAAGAGUCAACCACACCUACAACAAAAGCGCCUGUGCGUCAAAAAUUCCCAGGUCUUAGUAACAGACCAGGAGGGUCUGCUCCUAGAGUUAAUCUUAGACGGCCUGGACGACCCACUACCACUACAACAACAGAAGAACCUAAGGCUAUUGUUGAAGAACCUGCUGGCGAAGGAACUGAAGAAGAAACACAAGAGACUCCUGCAGAAACCAGUCCACUUGCUCGUCUCACCACGGCCAAUCCAUUAAAUAAAUUGCGUUCAAAAAAUCGACUCCAAGUACAACCAAAAUCAACCACUCGUGCUCCAAUAAAUUCACCAAGACGAUCUCCCCUUCUUCCCCGUCGUAAAAUAACAGAAGCACCGAUUGUUGAAACCAGCCAAGAAAACUUGAUAUUAACGAAUAGCAGUGAACCAGCUAUUGUUGAUGCGGAAGUGACUGAACCGGUAUUGAUUGAAACUAGUACAGCGGCUAGCACAAAGCACGAAGAAACGAGAAGUUUUAAUGGACUACUGGCACCACGACGUAGGCUAACACCUCGACGACCUGGCCAAAUACUAAGUCGUGAAUAA